GUAGUUAGGCUUGAGUAAAUAACCAGUUUGAGACUUUACGGUGAUUCGGAAACUCGUACCUGGCGCUUUGGUCGUCCAAAGGUAACAGUAACCUGUUGCUUUUUUUUUGGUAAUAGUGGAAAGUGUAGUGAAGACAAGUCCAACAUAACUGAUAUUGGGUUGAAAUGCUGUUGAGCCAGUGCUAAAAAUCUUACAUUUAUUAAAAUAUAAGCAACCACGCUGUGGCAAUAAAGAGGUGUCCAAUUGGAUCUCGAAAUGUUUAAUAUUGGAGCCAUGGCUGGGAAAAGCGAUGAAUCAGUUAAGAACGAGGAGAACGAGGAUGACGAGAAGCCGAAUGAAUUAUCCUUUUGUUUUGUUCGGGGUUCAGAUCCUAGAGCUGCUACGUGCCGUAGCAAACUUCAAAAUAGGCGUUGCAAAUUAAAUAAAGAAAUAAAUAAGGAACUUCGCCUACGUGCUGGUGCUGAGAAUCUGUAUAAGGCCACAUCCAACCGAAAAUUGCGUGACACAGUUGCCCUGGAACUAAGCUUCGUCAAUUCAAAUCUGCAAUUGCUGAAGGAGCAACUUGCCGAAUUGAAUUCUUCGGUGGAAAUCUAUCAAAGCGAAAGUCAUAAUGGAAUUAUGCCUAUGAUUCCACUGGGCCUGAAGGAAACCAAGGAGAUUAACUUUAUGGAACCAUUUUCCGAUUUUAUCUUGGAACAUUACAGCGAAGAACCCUCGAUGUACAUUGAUGCCAUAGCAGAUAUGACAGAUACGCGACAGGCAUCCAAAACGCCAUCACGUGAUGCCCUAGGUGUGGCAUUACUUUUCCGAUACUACAAUACGCUGUAUUACGUAGAACGCCGUUUCUUUCCGCCUGAUCGUAAUUUGGGUGUAUAUUUCGAGUGGUAUGAUUCCCUUACGGGUGUACCCUCUUGUCAGCGCACAAUUGCCUUUGAAAAGGCAUGCACUUUGUUUAAUCUGGGUGGGAUAUAUACUCAGAUCGGGGCUCGACACGAUCGCACCACCGAACGGGGUCUAGAUCUAGCUGUUGAUAGUUUUCUACGAGCAGCGGGGGUAUUUCGUCACAUCUACGAUACGUUCACGAAUGCACCAUCAAUGGAUUUGAAGCCGCAGGUCCUUGAUGUCCUCGUUUCGCUAAUGCUUUCCCAGGCCCGAGAAUGUCUCUUUGAGAAAUUACAGCUACAAAUUGAGGCAAUAGGUCAGGCCGAUUUCAAUUGCGCCGAUUCCCAAUCUUUUCGCGAUUUAGCUGGAGAGGCUGCACAGAUAUCGCACGAGUACAAUGAAAUGCAUAAAAAUAUCCAGGAAAAUGAUACCCAUACCUAUUUGCCAGAAUGCUGGGCAGGUCUGGUUCCGGUCAAGGCGGAACUUUACAAAGCUUUUGCACAUUUCUACAAGGCUCGCAGCAUAGAUGCGACUGACGAACUGAAGACAUCCUUGCCCGCGGAAAAGAUCCAGUCGAAACUAACAUCGGAAUCCUUUAUUGGAAACUCACAAGAGGUAGAACGCGUCGCAGCCAGUUAUGGUACCAGCGAAGAAGCUGUCACAUCCAUCGCAAACAAAUUGGCCCACUUGAAGGAAGCUCUAGCUAGUAUCGAAGAAGCUCAACGUUUGCAGCGUAUGUGCCGGUACCUAAAGAACAAGGCAUCCCUGACUGAAGUUAUGAAGGAGGUGCACUCUAAGUCGCAGGAGGAGUUCGAGAAGUUUAGACUGCAAGCAUCAGCCAAUAAUAUAGAAGAGGGUGAUCUUUUAGAGCGUGUCGUCGAAGCUUCUUCGAAGUUUACGUUAUCCUUAACCGGACCCGAUUUCACAUCACAUAAGGUAAAGGAUCCUUUUAAACGCCUGGGACCCAUCGCAAUAUUUUCCGCUCGACGCCACUGGACAGCGCCUCGAUGUGUUCGCUUACAAAAGGGAUCAUCUCUAUAUCACAAUGCACCCACCAACAAUAACAAGUGUCAAUCGGACAACGAUGAGGAUGAACAUGACGGCGGGUUUAAUCUCUAUAAAGAAGAGUUUGAGAACUUUGGCUUCCAUGUGCGCGGCGAUGCCCCAGUCAUAAUUGCCCACGUUGAGAUCAAUUCACUGGCAGACCUUGGCGGCAUCAAGGAAGGGGAUUUCAUAGUCGAAAUUGCAGGCAUGGACGUUAAGUGGUACUCGCAUCAGCAGGUAGUUCAGCUUAUACAAUCUUGCGGCUCUACGCUUGAACUGAGAGUCAUAACGCCAAUGGAUCGCAAUUAUUUGAAGCCAUUGUCGUCGAAAGGAUCAUUAUCAACGCUAUCUGCAGCCAGUUCAUCGGGCAUUUCAUCCGGAUUUCCCAGUCCGACAAGUAUUGCGGCAAAGCCCAAGCUUCAUCUGAAAACAUCGUCUAGCUCGCGUCCCGCUGGCAGCGUUUCAUCUAGUUCGUGGAAUCCCUUUCGUCGAACUCCCAGCUUAGCUAAAAUAUUUUAAGUAGCGACCAGUUUUAUUUGUGUUUUAUUUGCUCUUAAGGCAAUGGCCAUUUCAAGUUAAAAAUAAUGUUGUGCAGUUUAAAUUAAGCAAUAAAAUUAACUAUUUUUUAAAAAACUUAAA